AUGGCUGGAGAAAUUUUCAAUCUGAAAGCUCUUUUCUUCCUGUUCAAACAUUUGCUCAGAAGAACAGGGAACCAACUCAAUCUCCAGGGGAAGCUUAGUAAUGUCCACAUAUCCCACUUGAAUUUUCAGAAGUACUCUUAUCUUGCCAAUAGAUGGGAGGAGCUUCAAAACCAGCCUUUGUUAUUUCAUGUGGAGGGAGCACUUUUGAAAUCAUCAUCUCUCUUUCCUUACUUCAUGCUGGUGGCCUUUGAAGCUGGAGGGCCCAUAAGAGCUCUUAUUCUGUUUCUUUUGUAUCCUUUUGUAAAAUUGUUUAGUUUGGUAGAUGAAGAGCUGGGGCUGAAGAUUCUGGUUUUUGUAUGUUUUGUGGGGAUUAGAAAGGACAGUUUUAGAGCUGGAAGAGCUGUGUUGCCGAAGUUUUUCUUAGAGGAUGUUGGGUAUGAAUGCUUUGAUCUUGUGAUGAGAUGUGGGAGAAGAGUAGGAGUCACUAAUUUGCCUAGUGUAAUGGUGGAUGAUUUUCUGAGAGAAUACAUGGGAGUUGAGGCUGUUUUGGGGAGAGAGUUGAAGGUAGUUUAUGGGUUUUUUGUGGGUUUGAUGGAGGAAAAGAAGCCAGCUAAGAUCGUUUUGAACGAGAUCUUUGGGGAAGAAAAAGGUGGUGCUAAUGUGGUGGGUAUUGGUUGCUAUAAGAUGCCUCUUGAAGACCAACUUUUUUCUCAUUGCAAGGUAAUUUGCUUGGUAAGUGAGGCUGAGAAGAAGAAUUGGCAAGUCCUUCCAAGGGAGAAAUAUCCAAAGCCAUUGAUCUUCCAUGAUGGAAGAUUGGCUUUUCGGCCAACUCCACUUGCCUUUUUAGUCAUGUUAAUGUGGGCACCAUUAGGCUUUUUCCUUUUCAUGAUCAGAGCCACUGUUGCAAUUCUCCUCCCUUAUAAGAUAUCUGUCCCAAUCUUUGCCUUAAUUGGGUUGAGAGGAACUCUCUCAAGGCCAAGCUCCUCUAAUGAAGAAAAAUCAAGGGGCAUACUUUAUGUCUGCAACCACAGAACUCUGCUGGAUCCAAUCUAUGUUUCAAUUGCUCUCAUGAAACCAGUUUCUGCAGCCAUAUACAGCGUAAGCACGAUUACCGAGAGGUUCGCACCAAUCAAGACAAUUCGAUUAACAAGAAACAAGGAGGAAGAUUCAAAGAAGAUGGAGGAGCAGCUGAGCCAAGGGAGCCUUGUGGUUUGUCCAGAAGGAACCACUUGCAGGGAGCCUUAUCUGCUUCGUUUUAGUCCUCUGUUUGCAGAGACAACUGAUGAGAUAGUUCCCAUUGCCGUGGAUAUUCAGACCAGUAUGUUCUAUGGAACAACGGCUAGUGGUCUUAAAUUCUUAGACCCUGUAUUCCUGCUCAUGAAUCCAACUACCCACUACAGCAUCAACAUUCUUGAGAAGUUAUCAAGAGGUUUUACAUGUGGGGUUGGAGGAAAAUCCAAGUUUGAAGUAGCCAAUUAUUUGCAGGCAAUGAUUGCUGAAGCCUUGGGAUUUGAGUGCACCAAUUUUACAAGGAAAGACAAGUACAUGAUCUUGGCAGGCAAUGAAGGGAAAAUAUAGUUGGCAAGGACAACCGGUUAGCAUUUGUCUAUGAUUGUUCUUGAUGAUUAAUAUUUUCUGUUAUUAUUCGAAGAUCAUUCCAAAAGAAGAACUCGAUCUCACAGAAUUCUAUAUCAGUGCCUUAUUAUCUAUGAGAAACACUUUAAAUUUUCUGUUUCAA